CGAUCCUUGACUUUCCAAUGCAGUGAUCACUUGUACGUUGCUGUGGUUCCAAGUGGCUCCAAAAUUGCCACGGUGCUUUACGGUUGUUCACAAAGAACCGCCUUCCCCUCCUCCGCCACGUCACCUCGCGUUCGCGUAUCCCUGAAAUCAAACACAUAAAAUAACGCCUAUCCCUAAUUUACAGCGACAAUCAGAGCAAAUCAUGGCGAAUAUCAGAAGAAGUGUGUUGUUUGGCAUAUCACGCUUCCUUAAUUCAACAGCCGCCCCGGCUCGUGUACUCGGCGGCGCAUCGUCCAACGCCACCAUUCCGUAUCAAACUCUCUACAGGCCUUAUGUUAAUUCAUUCUCUCGUUUCUAUUCUUCUAAUGGCGGUGUCGAAUCCCUAGAUUUCGAUUUGUCUAACGAAGAAAGCAGGCGAAUAUUAACUAACAGAUUGUUGUAUAGAAGCAAACAAAGGGGUUUUCUGGAGCUGGAUUUAGUUCUAGGAAGUUGGGUGGAGAAUCACAUUGGAUCUUUAGAUGAAAAGGGGAUCAAAUCGCUUAUUACUGUCCUCGACCUGGAAAAUCCAGAUUUGUGGAAAUGGCUCACUGGACAGGAGCAACCUCCUGAAGCAAUCGAGACGAAUCCUGUAUUCAAUGAGGUGCGUAGCAAGGUAAUGAACAACCUGGAGAGCUAUGCAUCAAAACAAACAAGGGCUACACCUGGGCAACCAUGGGUGAGAGGAUGGGAUGAUUUCAAGAAAGGUCGUGAUAGCCCUGAUGUUGGGAAUCAGUAGUUCUUCUUCUUCUAUAACUCAAUUGCUGCUGCUUAGUAAGUUUACUUAUGUUCAAAAAAUUAUGAAGAAUAAAGGUGUUAUGACAUAAUGAUGAUGAUGAUCUUCUGAUCUGUAGUGGCUGAUGUUGUAAACCUUAGAGUAUGAUGUUUUCAGGUCUGAAUAAGUUGCGUGUUUGGCAAAGAUGAGAUUGUUCUGUUAUAUAAUGUUGUUAUAAAAUUGAAUAUAUACAAACUUCUAAUU